AUGAAAGCCUGCGUGGAGGUGCGUGAGGUGUUGCAUGGUCUGCAGGAGCGGUUCAUUCGUACUGCGGAGCAAUUAGCGGAAGCUGAAACGCUGCUGGCGGAAGUGGGUGGCACCAGUGCCUCGGUACAUCCCUCUGCUGUUGCCUGCAGCCAUCUAUUAGCUGCUCUUCGCACCUGCACCGAAGGUAGUAGCGGCAGCGAUGGUGGCUCAGCGGCAGCAACACAGCAACGGCUUCUCGCACGUCUGGAGGCAUGGGUUGUCACACAAUUAGCGAGGCGUGACUCGGUGGAGGCGCAGUUGCGACAGCGAUGCGAGGAUCUUGAGGUGGAAUUGGCAAAAGCUUCUUCUGAUAUUGAUUUCAGGGUUCUCAAGUCCAGUUUGGAGGCACAGAAAACCGAACUGUCAGAUCUCUGUCGCAAAUUGGAGAGUACGCAGGACGAAUUGGAGGCAAUCAGAGGUCUCUGCCCAAACCACGUAUGUUCCACCAAUAUUCUCGCCUAA